AUACUGCCUGCUCUUUGGCGAUAGUAGCUCCUCCAGCGGCAAUAGUUGUACUGUUUUCGGGUAGACACGCAUUUUGUCUGUCAAUUGUUAACGAAUGAAGUUCUGAUAAACAAUUGAAAGUUGAACACAAAUGCUGUGACUUCUUAUAUUAUUUGGUUAUGUGUUGCUCUGAUUUUGGUGUAUCUUUAUCCUUAUUUGUUGCGGCUUAGCUCGUAUGUUUUAUGUGUAUGCCAAUAAUUAUGCGAAUAUGAAUUAAGACGACUAUAUUUUUCGAAUCUGUUGAAUAGAAUGUGUAAUUGCAUGUGUACGUAGGCGAAGACGCGAUAUCAUUCGAAUUGAGGAUUGUCGCCAUAUUGUUGUAAUACCGGCGUUGAUGACUCGUUCAUAAUGUAUGGAACUAUACGGUGUGCAACUCACGUUUCAAAUUUUCUUCGAUCUUAUAAGUCCAUCUCACCGAUAAAGUUGGCAGUUACUGCUAGUGGAACCCGAUUAUAUGCUAAUAAAGGAAAUGCCGGCAAGCAGUCGGGCACCAAAAAAUCCUCAGACAAUAUUGCCAGAGACACGACAAUAAGACCUUCAACACCACCUCAUGUAAUCGCCGGUACUUGUAAACCUAUAAUGAGUCCUCCAGAAUGUGGAAAACCGAAUGUUAUGAAAGAAGUUCCCCAACCAGAAUGUCCAUGGGAUGGAGAACCAAAGCAGCGCAAAUAUGGAAAACAUCUUGCCAUUGGAAUUCUUCUCACUGCACUGAGUCUUUUUGCAUUUUACAAAUAUGGAAUGGAUACAACAAAAAAGGAAGUAGAAAAAAAGCAAGAGAAAAGGCGAAAAGAGAAGAUUCCUGUGAAAUUUCCAGCAACAUCUAAGGAAAUCCCUAGUAAAAUACGGUACCUUCUUAUAGGUGGUGGUACUGCUUCCUUUUCUGCAUUUCGUUCUAUAAAGAGUCUGGAUCCAAAAGCCAAGGUCCUUGUUAUAUCAAAUGAAUCAUUUUACCCAUACAUGAGGCCACCGUUAUCUAAAGAAAUGUGGUUUAAUGAAGGACCACAUUCUAAACCUCUUGUAUUCAGACAGUGGAAUGGAACUGAACGAAGCCUAUUUUAUGAGCCAGAAGAUUUUUAUGUUGAUUGCAAACGUCUUCGGGAUGAGCCAAAUGGAGGCGUGAGUGUUGCUCGUGGCUGGACAGUGAAGAAAAUUGAUGUUUUUGGAAGGAAAGCAUAUUUGGAAGAUGAUCAUGUUAUUGAAUAUGAAAAAUGCCUUAUUGCUACAGGUUCGUCUCCAAAAAAUUUACCUGUAUUUAAAGAAGCAUCCCAAGAUAUUCAAGAGAGAGUUUCGCUGUUCAGAGAUAUCUUUGAUUAUGAGGAGCUGGAGGAAAUUCUUAAGGGAGGUGUGAAAAAAAUAGCCAUAAUUGGAGGCGGGUUCCUAGGGAGUGAAUUGGCAUGUGCCUUGGCUCGUAGAGGACAAAAUCAAGGCUAUAAGAUCACUCAAAUAUUCAGAGAGUCUGGAAAUAUGGGGAGAGUUCUUCCCGAAUACUUGAGUUUCUGGACAACUCAUAAAGUACAAAAAGAAGGUGUAGAAGUCAUUCCCAACAGUGAAGUGGAAGAUGUGAGUUUGGACACAAAUGCUGUUGUCCUUCAUUUAAAUUCGGGGGAAAAGGUUUCUGCAGAACAUGUGAUUGUGGCAGUUGGUGUGGAACCAAAUACUCAAUUAGCUGAACCAUCAGAACUUGAGACAGAUGAUGAAUUUGGAGGAUAUCUUGUGAAUGCUGAGUUAAUGGCGCGCUCUAAUCUGUGGAUUGCUGGAGACUGUACUUGUUUUUAUGAUACUAAACUCGGACGUCGAAGAGUAGAGCAUCAUGAUCAUGCUGUUGUAUCUGGUCGGCUGGCUGGUGAAAAUAUGACUGGAGCAGUGGGAGUGUUUGCCAAGGCCACUGAUAAAGAUACUCCUAAGUCUGUUGUUUCAGAAACAGAUGAGGGAAAUCGUGCAGCCAGUGAAGCAAAAGCAAAGCCUGUGACUCCAGCAACAUCAUCUCCUUCACCUCCACAAGACGGUGAAGAUUAUGGGAAAGGUGUUAUAUUUUACCUUCGAGAUGACAUUGUUGUUGGAAUUGUGUUGUGGAAUGUGUUCAAUCGAAUGUCAGUGGCUCGACAAGUACUGAGAGAUGAGAGGAAAUAUGAUGACUUAAAUGAAGUUGCAAAGCUUUUCAAUAUUCAUGAAGAACAACCGUGAUUGGUUGGCAGAGCACAGGGAAAGUAGAAUGUAGACUUGAGAAUUGAAGCACAAUAUAUUGGAAAUUCUCAUUUCUAAAAGAAGAGAGAAUUUUGAAUUGAUAGUGUUCUGUAACAGUGCUUUAACUAAAAACACUUAACUUGUUGUGGAGUAGAUGAUGUGUGCACGUUGUAAAUGAUGUUUAGUGUAAAUGCUUACUAGUUAGUGUGUCAUGAAUCAUGAUGUUCUUUAAUAACUUUAUUAUAAUAUUCCAAACAUUUGAACUGAGUUAUGUUUCCCAGGUACAUACGGGAUGUAUUCUGUUUUGAAUGAAUAAGACUGCUUUUUUUACUUGAUAAUGGUCAAGUAUCUUUAAUAACAUUGUGUUGUUGCAAUGGAAUUUGUUUGUAGAUUAUAAAUUAAGUGACAUACAAUUUGAUACGGUGUACAAACAUUUUAAUUGAAAGACUUCAGCCAUGAGUAAUGAUGUAAAGAAUUGCCACAAUUCACAAGUUUUUGUAUUGUUGAUUGUUUGACUUAUUUAUUUCUGUGAUUAGAUUCAGAUAUUGCAUUAUUUUCUCUUCAGCUGUCAGUCAUUCAGCCACAUUUCUGGUAAAGGUAUUUUUUCUUGGCAGUUUCAUGUUGUAGAAAAUAAAUAUGAGACCAAAGAAAUUUUUUGAGAUUGAUUUUUGAAAACAUUUGUUAUUUAACUGAGAUGGUUUCUGAUGUUUAGUUUUCACAGGAAGAUAUUUUUGUUGCACAAACUACUUAGCAGGAUGUGCUUAAAUGAUAAAAUCAAUUUUAAAAUGAAAAUAGAGAUUGUGAAUAUCAGAAUAAUUUUUAUUGUGUAAAUCUAUUUCAAAACCAUGACAUACUUCAAAGAAUUAUAAAAUGGUUGUGAAAUAGCCUUACAUGUCAUAAAUAGAGGUACUUGAUUUUUAAAUCUUUGAAUUAGACUUUAUUAUAAUAAUAAUAAUAAUAAUAGUAAUAAUAAUAAUUAUUAUUAUUAUUUUUUUUUUUU